AAAAGCACUACAGUUGAGUUGAAAAUUAUAUGCGUUCGUACAGUUUAGCGUCACAUUAGAGCGCCACUAAAGUGAGAGUACAUACAUAAAUGUGUUGUGAAAGAGAGAGAGCAGUGUCGAGAGGUAGACAGCACAGUAGGCAAACUAAUGUAUUUUGACAUUUCGCAGCGAAAACUCACAAAACAAAACUAAUAAAGUGAAAUGUCAGUGAAUGUGUGAAGUGAACUGAAGAAAAAAACAAACGAAAAACCGAGAAAAUGUCAGAAGACAAGUAAGAAAUUAUGAAAAAUCUUCAAGAAAUUUUGUGCGCAACGCCAGAGCCGUCUUUAUUUAUUACUUAAACUACAAUAAAAAAAUGAACAAAGUGAAACAACAACAACAAAUAAUAAUCAGCACAGCAACAACAACAGAGAAUGUGACAGCGCAUAGCUUAAGUAUAGAAAAAAAGACAAGAAAAUAAUAAAGUUAAAUAGCUAAAUUAAAAACAAUAACAACACGUACACAAAGCAGUGCUGCACACUAAUAACAAAAUAAAAAACAACAAAUAUAUACAAAGUGGUUUUUGGAUACAAGUGCAUAAGUGUUGGAACGUCGAGCGCUGAACGAAAACGAAACUUAAAUAUUAAAAAGGCAAACACCUUGAAAUCCAAAUCAAUUACCAAAAAUAAACCGAAAAAAACUGCAAAUCAACUGAAAAUCACUAAAAAGAAUUUUGCUGAACUCAGUCGGUGCAAAGGUAACGGGAGUGAAAAUGGGGCAAACGCGCACUUUGUGGGCCACUUUCGGUGUGCUGCUCUUGGCCACACAGUGGCUGGACGUGAUUAGCGCCACCAUCGACCGCAGUUUCGAGGAAUCCUACGAAGAUAUUACGAAGCCAGCAAGAAAAAUCGAUCAAUACCAAAAUAUGGAUGAAUUUUUCAGCAAUGAAUUCAUACCAUUUUCCAAUGAAAACUCUGAGGAAGAGAACAGCAUUGAGCAGGACGAUGAGGAUUAUGAUUGGGAUAUAUUGAUAUUUACACAGCAAUGGCCGGUGACCACAUGCUAUCACUGGCGAGAGGAGGAUAGCACACACGCCUGCAUUUUACCCGAAAAGAAGGAAUUCUGGACCAUACACGGCGUGUGGCCAACGAAGUUAGGACACAUGGGUCCCAGUUUUUGCAAUAAAAGCGCCGAUUUCGAUUUGGAUCAAUUGGACAAGAUUAUGGCUAAUUUGAAAACCUAUUGGCCCACCAUAGAUGGUCAACAGAAAUUGGGUGGUUUUUGGAAGCAUGAAUGGCUUAAGCAUGGCACCUGUGCGGCAUCACUCGAAGUGCUCGAUAAUGAGUUGAAAUAUUUCACACAAGGCUUGGCAUGGCGCGAACAGUACUUAAUGUCGAAUAUAUUGGGCAAUGCUGGCAUACAUCCGGAUUCGAAUAACACAGUGGUCGCGCUGCAGACAGCUAUAGUUAAAACACUCGGCAAGAACCCGUCCAUACACUGUAUAUAUGAUAAUAAGCGUGAUGUGAGUUAUCUGGAGGAGAUACGCAUCUGUUUCAACAAACAAUUUGAACUCAUCGAUUGUGAUGGUGUGAUACCAGGUGAUGCGGUCGCUAUCAAUUAUCCAGGCGGUACUGUUAACACAAAUUGUCAUAUCUCGAAACCCAUACAUUAUCCGAGCAAUGUGCCACCAUUAUUGCGAGAGCAGGAGGAGAAAUGGAAAUUUCCGGUGGUGAACACCUUCAAGUUGUUGCAAUUCAUUAUGUGGUUUACGCUGUAAAUGGGUGACUAUACGCGGGAUUAGACGUGCAGAGGCGGUUGCGAAAACGAAAGGAUAUUAUUGAUAAGCAGCAAUUAUUGUCUUUGGCAUAUAUAUAUUACAUAAGCAUUAAGCGGUUUAUAUACACACGACUUGAGAAGUAUGUAUGUAUGUAGUAGGUAGUUGAGAGUAAAUUUACAGAUAUAUUUUUUGUAAUGAAAAAAAAGAAAAACUUUUUUAGAUCAGAGGCAGAAAAAGUUUAAUGCGAGAGAGAGCGAGAGCGAAGUUUUAUACAUGAUACAUAAGAGACAUACUUAUACAUAUAUAUGGAUAUAUGUAUGUACCGUAUUUAGUUAAAAAUUUACUAGGUGAGCAGUACACGCUUAGCACAU